AUGGAGGGCAUCCGUAGAGACGCCGUUUGUUUUCCUCCUUCGGAGCCUAUUGUUCGUGAUGAUGGAACUCGUGGCUGUGCUGUCAACAAAACACGUAAAACCCAAGAACCUCAAGAGACCCCUGCCGUGGUGAGACAACAACAAGGACCACAGAUGGAAGAAAACAAACCGAGAGACGCUGAAACAGACACCGGGAGGGAAUCACAUCCGGAUACAGAUCAACCACCAAACGGAGGGAACACAAACUCAAAAGGAUCAGGUGUUAAUGAAGGGAAAGAGAUAUCUGCUACUGCAUCUCAGAGUUCACCUGAGAAUUCUUCCAACACAUCACCCUCACAGAAUGCAGGUGAGUCUGGACCUGCAGAGACUGGAUCAACAAGUAACCCAAAUGAUACAGAAAAUACAAAUACCACUACAACCACAACAACCACAACCACAACAAUACUUACCCCUGUACCCAAUGCAGAUAUCAACAGCAACAUCACUUCCACAGUACAGAACAAGGCUAAUGCUGACAGCAGUGUCAGCAGUUCUGUGUGGGUGCGUGUACCACUACUGAUUGUGGUUACACUGGCCUGUAUUCUUGUGUGCUGA